AUAUGGUCUUCAUAAUUCAAGCUAAGUGUCCUCAAGAUAAGACUCAUCUUUUGUCUCACAAGCUGCUAUUUUUCUAUAUAUAUUCACCCCAAAUCUGAUGUUAUUUCUCAUCCUCGAUCAACAACAUUCAAUCUUCUACCCUCAAUUGAAACAGUCAGUGUAAAAACAUGGGAAAUGCUCAAUUUGAUCAACAUUCAGAAGAUCAGAUGUUGAAAACAGAAAACAAAAAGAUGGUGGAUUCUCCAAAGGCUUUCGAUGCAAUCUCUAUUCCGAUGGGAAUCUUCUUUACUGUUUUCUUCUCGGUUGUUUAUUACCUUCUGAUCAGAUGGCAUGAGAAGAUCAGAAACUCCACUCCUCUCCAUGUCGUCAACAUGUCUGAAAUGGUUGCCAUCAUCACCUACUUCGCCUCAUGUAUCUACCUUCUUGGAUUCUUUGGUAUGAACUUCGUCCAGGCUACACCAUUUACAGAAACAGAGGAAGAAGACGAAGUAAAAGAAGAAACAACUCCCUGUGGUGCUUCCAUUAUUUGCGAAUCUGAUAUCGUAUCUGUAAAAGAAGUCAUGAAGAAGGAAGUGGAAACAGUAAUCGUAGCAACAGAUACAGUUGUUACUGAAGAAGAUGAAGAGGUGAUACAAGCGGUGGUUUGGAAUCGAACUCCCUAUAGGCGUUGACACGAUCGUUCAUCAGUCAACUAUUAAACUUUUCCGGAAGCAUAACAAAAGGAAAACCUUAUAGUGAAGGGGAACGUCAGUGAUAGGAGUAACACCCUUUUCUCGAGCUUCAUCGGUGUGGGGUGGGGUCGGCAGAGCUGUGUUUGUCGGCGACCAAUUGCACACGCCUUGGAGGAGUGGUGGGUGUUCUGUGUAGGAUUUGUGAUUGGAGCAGAGAUGAGCGUUAGUCAUACUGAAUUGAAGAAAACCAUCGAAAUCGGAACCUACGAAAGGAAUCACAAAUCUACGGAAUCCAUCAAAGGAAUGAAGAGAAAACGGCGAAUAACAGAACAGGAUGAAAUUGGAAGCAAAUUGAGAUAAGAAGAAAGAGGCAAGGUCAAAGGUGGUGGAGAGGAAUUGUGGCGUUAAAAUGAAAAUAACAACUUCUGUGUGGCGUUAAAAUGAGAAUAAGAACUUCCGUGUCCAAAUAUGAAAGAGAAAAAAAGUUCCUGUUCAUCAGCUUUUUAACGAUUAAUAAUAUAUAUAAUUUAUUUUCCA